AGUAGGUAACUAAUGUGCUGUGUUCAUAUGUAAGCAGUUAUGGUACAUUCAGUUUGUCUGAAUAUAAACUCUGGCUGACGUGCCAAUAAUGCAUUUUAAUAACAAAUAUUUAAAUGGUUAUUUUAUUUGAUUCAAAAUGGCAAACGAUAUUGCAUUAAAAACAUGGACCAAGAAUGGAGAAACCACUAAUCUGCUUCACCAAAGUAACGAUGAGGAUAAAAAACCACUGUAUGCCUUUAGAAAUCAAUUUUUGGUUAUCUUCUUUACAUUUUUGCUGCUGAUUAUCACGUUCUUUAUCUCAGUUUUCAGUUUCUGGAUAGACGAUGAUCAAUUUGUACAGUCACAGUACGCUAUCAUUAAAAAUAAAGAUCAUCUUGCAAUAAAAAACAGAGAGUAUUUCGACCAGUGUGCACCUAUUUUCUCUUGUGAUUAUAGUGACAAAUAUAGAACUAGCAAUGGGACAUGUAACAAUCCAAACAAUCCAAUUUGGGGUUCAUCGAACACCCCAUUCAUCAGACUUGUCGAUGCACAUUACAGCGAUGGAAUCUCUAAACUACGCAUAUCGUUUGAUGGGAAAUCAUUGCCGAGUGCAAGAGAAAUUCAAGUAAAACUAUUUCUAAAUAAACAAAUUAGAAUCCCUGAUAUAAAUAAUCAACUACUAAUGCAAUGGGGCCAAUUCGUCGCUCACGAUGUUUCUAACUUAGCAAUUGAUACAAACGAAGAAGAUUGUUGUGUAUAUCAAAAUAAUCUUUGGGUUUCAAAAGAAUGUGAAGCUACCAUCAAAAUACCAAUAGAUGAUCCUAUUUAUUCAAAGUACAACACAACGUGCAUGAGAUUUAAUCGGGCAAUGACAUCAAACAACUAUAGUUGUCCCAUAGAACCAUUGACGUUUAUAAACGAUGCUUCUCACUUUAUUGACGGAUCUCAGAUUUAUGGUUCUAAUGAUUACAUUGUAUCGAAACUAAGAUCGUUUACUGGUGGAAUGUUAAUUUCUGUUCUCGAUAACAACCAGGAGUUUUGUCCACGUUCGUCCUUUAAGUCUUCUGAUACCAACAAAUAUUUGUACAUCUCCGGAGACUCACGAGCAAACUUGAACCUUGGGAUAGCACUUUUUCACAAUAUGUUUUUGAGAUUUCACAAUUAUGUAGCGUUUAAACUAAAAGCUGAGAAUUCUUUGUGGUCUGAUGAAAAGUUAUACCAAGAAUCACGCAGAUUUAUUGGUGCAAUUAUCCAACAUAUUACAUACACACAGUUUUUGCCAAUAAUUUUAGGCGAAAAUUACACUAAGGACGAAGUGCUUAAUGAAAACAACACAUAUGAUUCCACUGUGAACCCAUCAACUUCACAAGAAUUUUCAACUGGUGCAUUUCGUGUACUGCACAAUAUUGUACCAGCUCAACAUAGAUUUAUUGAUUUGAAUUCCACAACUGUGCAAAUAAUCAAUGUUACAGAUUGGAUGAACUGUCCGUAUCUUUUACAACAAGGAUCAAACUAUGACCAGCUACUUCGAGGUUUAAUAAGUACAGAAGGACGCCUGAGUCAACCUUCAUACAAUCCUUUAAUUUCGAACUUUAUGUUUCAUUCAAACAAUUCGAUUGGCGUGGAUCUCCUAUCAUAUGAUAUCCAAAGAGGGCGCGAUACUGGUCUCCCGCCGUACAAUAAAAUGAGACAAUUAUGUGGAUUACCUGUUGCUAAAUCAUUUGACGAUUUGAUUGACAUUAUACCAGCAGAUGACAUUUAUGAUUUAGAGACACUUUACUCCUCCGUAGAUGACAUAGACUUCAUUGUAGGGGCUUUGUUGGAGACACCAGAGAACGAUGCUUUAGUUGGAAAUACUUCACGAUGUAUUAUUGGUGAUUUUUUCUAUAGAUCGCGAGUUGGCGAUCGAUUUUUCUACGAUAAUAAUGGACAAUCCGGCCAAUUUUCCAAAAAUCAACUUGAAAUAAUCAAAUCAAUUAAUUUGGAUCAUAUAAUAUGCAUUACUUCGUCUGUUGAUAAUUUACAAAAAAAUAUUUUUACCAAAGUAGACAAUGGAUGGUUUUCUUCAAUGAAGUGGAAUUGCAAUGAAAAAUAUAUGAUAGAUUUUAAACCGUGGAAAAAACAGUAUGAUUCAUGAUUAGUGUCAUUAAAAGCAAACAUAAUUUCGUUUUGUAAAUUGUGUCUGUUUUCUUAUUCGAAACUCAAUAUAGUACAAUAUUUAAAAUGUA